AAACACUCGGAGGAUCCUGAGGUUGUGUAUCCAGGAGACAGUGAGGUGUGUGAAGCAGGCUGAAGCUUGCAGCACAAGAACACACCCUCCCAGCACUUCCAGCCUGCACAUUCUUCACAGAAACAAACAGCAGAGACAGCACAGGGAGCUCAGUCCUCAUAAAUGGAAGCUGAAGAGUCCCCAUCUGUCGGAAAUGGACGGUCAGCAGCAGGUCUGUCGGUGCAGAGUGAUCUUGCAGCGCCCUCUGCAGGCAUCGACAGUCUACUGCAGGAUGGCUUCACUUCGCUGGACACAGGCAGUGACAGAGUCGUUGAGCCUUUCCCACGUUCUCCUAAACUACAGAGGAAGGUGGCCAAAGCUGCACAGCCCUCUCAGGAGCAGUUAACCAGACGUAUGGAGGAGCUGCAGGCUGAGAAAUCCAAGACUGAGGCUCAUAUCGAGUCACUGAAGAAACGCAAAGCAGAUCUUUCUAGGACCUCCGAGGUGAUGAAGCAGCAGGUCCGAGAGCGCUUCGAGAACAUGCGGCGUGUUCUGAAGCAGGAUGAGCAGGUCGUCCUGGACUCUCUGGAGCUGGACCUGAAGCAGACCAGGACCAGGCUGGACCAGGUUCUGAAGAACUGGAAGCAGCACCAGGACCAGGUCAGCGAGAGCAUCGGCAGCACCCAGAGAGCUCUGAGCAGGAGCCCCGAAGCAGAGGAAGACUGGAAGGGCUACUCUGAGAACCUGAGUCCCAAGAAGUCGGACGCAUCCGAGAGGGAAAUCCAACUGAAUAAAGACAGAUUCGAGAGGCUUCUUAAAACCCUCUCCUCCAUCUCCAAAAACCUGAAGGCCCAGCUACAGAGGAAGACUCUACUGUUGGACUCCACUUCUACUGUGAUUGACAGGCAGACUUGCCAUUCCCAUAUCACAGUGACUUCAGAGGGGCGGGCCUUGUCUUUCUCCAGCUCCGCCCCCUCAGCUCCAGAACAUCCUCUCCAGUUUGAUAAGGUGUGCUGCGCUCUGGGCUCGUCUCCCAUCUCGGCUGGUCAGAGUUACUGGGAGGUGGACGUGCGCUGCUGCUCGGCCUGGGCGGUGGGCGUGGCCUACGGCAGCCUGGAGAGGAAGGGGCGGGACAAGGGCGCCAAACUGGGCCGGAACCGCAACUCGUGGUGCGUUGAGUUCCGCCACGGGAACCUGUCCGCUUGGCACAACGAUCGGAACGUGGCGUGUCAGGGCGUGGGGCAGGGUCCACUGGGGAGGGUGGGAGUGUGGGUGAAUUACGAUAAAGGUCAGCUGAUGUUUUAUGAUGCUGAGAACAUGGUCGUCCUGCAGAGGUUUUCGGCAGCCCUGACGCCGGUGUUCGACAGGGCUCAUCACCAGUUCACUCAGCCUCUGUAUCCGGCCAUACGCUUCCUGAAACCACCACAGAACCAGAUCUGGCCAAACCACCUGGAGUUCUGCCACCUCAGCUCCCCAUGAUGUAGUUUUACUCCAGAGACAACGAUGUGGACUAUCUAGUGACCUGAUGUCACAUUUAAGAAGCACCCAGACAUCAUCCGCAAACAGCUCAGAUUAAUAGUUUCGAAACAUGAGCGCAAAUACGUAUCAUACUUGGCUUCCUGUAUUGCCAUUUUGUCACUUUAAUCGCUGAACAGAGCAAUAAAAGGGUCUCUUCUGAAUCCAUCCUAGGUUCUUUCGAGGUUUAGAUUCUUAUCCGUCACUCAGUAGCAUCAGAGAGACAUCUGAUUGGUCCCAACUUCAUUCCACAUCAGGACAACAAGCACAAAACCAUCAGCCAAAAUCAUAAAGAGCGAUCUGUAGUCACAAGAAGAAUGUUCUGAACCCCACAGAUCUCAUCUUCAUAGACUCCUUUCCAUGAAGAGACAAAAGACUAAAUUCAUUCCAGCAUGCUUGGAAGAAAACUAUCUGCCGAAUGCCUUGAAAAAAACGUGAAUAUCUAGUUUGCUUUUAGUGUCUUAAUCGCAUUCAUAGUGCUUCAUACGGAGCAUUACAUCCAAGCUACAUAGUAGAAAACAGGAUGUGACCUGACAACAACUAUGACAAACGUACCUGAAGUCAAUGUCCAGCAGCAGACUCUUCAUUGGUUCAUGUUUCUGCUCCAGGUUUCGCAGCUUGAUCAGCUCCUGCAGUCUGACACAAAUGCCAAUAAUCAUCAUAAAUAACAAAAACAUCAAUAAAUAAAUGGUUUCCAAAUGUUUAAAGUCAGUUAUUCAACUCAAAAUUGAUCAAUCAGAGUAUGUUCAUUGUAUUUUAUGACCAUUAAUCAAAUAAAAUGAUUGAAUAAAUUGAGAAACAUGUACUUUCUCUGAAAUGUUAUUGCUAAUAUUAAAAAAAAAACUGUCUCAGGAAACUGUGCACUGACCUUCAAAUGAACUCAGUUUUCAAAGUUUUUAAAAGGACUUUUCUUGCUAUUAAAAGUUUUUAGAAGUCA